CUUUGAAGUUCAAUCUUGCAAAGUCCAACCCCUCCAAGAUAUUGUCCAGCAAGAAUAAGCACAACCAUGUCUUCCCCAAGAUACAUCAUCUCCCGCGUCGCGGACCCCAUUUUCGCCGUAUUCAUUGGUCUCUCUGCAGCUGCCAUGAGGAUCAACCGUGAGGAGAAGGAGAAGGGGAGGUCUACACAGCAGACUCUGGAGACACUCCGCAGGCGCCUUGGCUUCCCAAAGAACUCGUAAAAAUGUAUCGCCUAUCUACAUACCAUAUAUAGCUAGCUACCUUAGCUACCCUUCGCCCAACGAAUGAACCACCAACGCCAGUUACCCUAUGCAGAGCGAUAGAAAGACAUUCGGAUAUCAGCGCUUGACAUCAUCAAUGAUACUUCCAACUCCCG